CAGCGAUCUGUGCAACACUGGAGGUAAACAACAUCUUACAUUUCAUGCUUUGCAUUGGAUCUCUUUUACUUAAGCUGCUUAUCUGCACACUAAUGUCCCAAGAUGAACAAGACAAAAUACCCCAAUGCUUGUAAUGGCACUGCUACUCCAGCACUUGCCAAUGGUAUUGAUGAGUGGGGCCAGAUGAGUCAAAAUGUGGCCAUAGGGAAUCAGGUGAUCCUCAGAAAGAAAAACAGAGGGCUCAAAGAGAGGUCACCACACAGACCGGAGCCCAGCAGAGCGCGUCCUUUGUCAGCAGUGUCCACCUCUAACGUGACAACAAACAAGACCAAGAAGGAACCACAGCCUCCUGAGUGUAGUGCAUCGCUCCUGCAAACCCCUGUAGCAUCCCAUGAUCCAGUGAAACGCUACUCCUGCCCCCCCAUGGGGAUCUCACCAUCACCAAGUCACUCCUCAUCUUCCUCCACCUCUUCCACCACCUCAUCCUGCUCCUCUCCUCCUCCAGUUAAGACAUCGCUUAUCAUCGGCCACGACCCUCUAGGCUGGAAGUUGCAUCCCAAGUCCAGCUCGCUCAACCCCCGAGCUCGUGCUAACAGGCUCUCCCUGCAGAUUCCCCUCCCCACAAUCCCUGAUGUUAACCCUCUGAAACCUGAGCCAUUACCUAAAACCAAACCCGCCCUUAAACCCAAACCCUCACGACGACGCCACUCUGACUCAGAAGCCUUCCUCCAAUCUCAGAGGAUCCAAAUGCCUGCGGUGACACUGGAUGAACUCUGCGCUGUGCAUCUUCGCCCGCUUGCCCUUUCAGAUGAGUCUGACGAUGUGUUCAGUGAGGGGAAUGAAAAAGACCCCAAGGCCACCCCUCGCAAAAUACCGCCACCCGUUCCGGAAAAAACAGCCAUGGCUAGACAAAUAGCACAACUUAUUGCUUAUUCACGCCUGGGCUGUAAAAGCGACAGAGAUGAAAACAUUUAUACCAGGAUCAUAAAGCCAAAACUUAAACAUUCACAUCAGAGUGUGGACCACAACAGAAUACAUGCUACAAAAAAUGGAAUGCAGCAUCUUCACAUCAGCUGCGACAGUGAGAGGUCCACCCCACGCUUCCCGGGCUGAGAGAUCUAAGAGAUCUCUGAAAAGACCUCUAAUCAUUGACUCCACGUCCCAUCUAUUCUGUAUAGAGUAGAAUAAUUCUUCCUCUCUGUUGAGGAGACUUUUAAUUUGUUCUUUUUGUCAAUUUAUGGGGAUGAAGUAAUAGCUGUAUUGGAAAAAACAAGGUGUGCAGAUGAUGAAAUUACUGCAGCUUAUAAUUGCAUAAGCAUUAUUUACGGUGUAAUACUCUGUGGUAAAAUCUGAAUUUAUCUAUGUAGGCAAGGUGCAAUGACAAAGGAUAGGGCUAGAUAAACAGGAAAUGAGCUGUUCCAGCUGGAGAUGUACAUACAAUUGCAUUGCUCAUUUUAACUUCUCAAGUGAUGACUUAUUAAUCGAGCUUUUAAGUAUACCUGUACCCU